AGCUAACUACGAAAGUUGAGUUCAACAAUUGUCGCUGAGAAAGAGAGGGGAAAAGCGCACGCGAAGGAAGAGAGAGCUCGCAAGUUGCAAUAAUGGAGGUGAUAGUGAGUGCUGAUGCUGUUAGUGCUGAGAACAACAACGAGGCGAAUCAUCGUCGUAAUGAAAAGGAGGAGAAGAAGAUCGUUCGCAUUCAGGUUUCCAAAACCAAGAAACGCCUCGAUUUCUACCUCAACCUUUCUAAGAGGUAUAUAAAGCAGAACAAUGACGUCGCUCUCUGCGCGCUCGGCAUGGCUAUUCCAACAGCUAUACUCAUCUCUGAAAUUCUGAAACGCAAUGGGUGGGCAACUGAGAAAAAUUUAGCGAUAGCCACUGUUGCCGCUAAAGUCAAGGAAGGCCGGGCGAUUCACAAGCCUAAGAUUGAGAUUGUUCUGGGUAAGGAUAAUGAAGUUGACGGAAGCACUGUUGCUGAGACAUUGGAGAAUGGUGCUGAGAAUAAGGCGUAAAAGUAGUGUCGUGCAUG